AUGCAAAACCCGUUGACUGUUCGUUGUUGUUAAAAUGGCGGACGUCGAUCAAAAGGUUAAAGAUACGACGGGAGAAAAAGAAUCGGGAUUAAAACCAGAAAGUCGUGAUAAUAAUUUAACAAACGGUGGGAAAGGAUCUGGCGAUGAUGCUGACAGUCUUGAAGAACAGCCUCUCGAUAUUGGAGAACAUUACUUAGUCCGAAGGUCUGACGAUUCCUGGCAUCCGGCAGAAAUUAUUCAGACUCGAUACAACGAAGGAGAGAGCCACUAUGAGUACUACGUCCAUUACGAGGGCUAUAAUCGAAGGUUGGAUGAGUGGGUACCUAGAGACAGGAUAAUGUCCAGCAGAUUUGAUAUGAGUGACCAGAGUUGGAAAAACAGUGAAAGAAAUCCAGCCAGUGAUUUGCUGGCUGAUUCCUCUGACAGAAAAAUUACGCGUAAUCAGAAAAGAAGGCAUGACGAAAUCAAUCACAUUCAAAAAACCUAUGCAGAAAUGGAUCCAACCACUGCAGCAUUAGAGAAGGAACACGAAGCUAUCACCAAAGUGAAGUAUAUUGACAGGAUACAGAUAGGGCGGUAUGAAAUUGAUACGUGGUAUUUUAGUCCUUAUCCUGAAGAAUAUGGUAAACAGCCAAAGUUGUGGAUCUGUGAAUAUUGUUUAAAAUACAUGCGGUUGGAAAAAACCUACAGAUAUCACAUGAGCGAAUGCACUCACAGACAACCGGUUGGAAAAGAGAUAUAUCGCAAAGGAACGCUCAGCAUUUGGGAAGUUGAUGGCAGAGAACAUAAGAUAUAUUGUCAAAAUCUUUGUUUGUUAGCUAAAUUAUUCUUGGAUCACAAGACGCUGUAUUUUGAUGUUGAACCAUUUUUAUUCUAUAUUCUCUGCGAAGUAGAUAAACAUGGAGCGCAUUUAGUUGGAUAUUUUUCAAAGGAAAAAGAGUCGCCGGAUGGGAAUAACGUUGCAUGCAUUCUAACGUUACCACCGUUUCAAAGACAAGGUUACGGCAAGCUGCUUAUCGCAUUCAGUUAUGAAUUAAGCAGGAUUGAACAAACAGUCGGAAGCCCGGAAAAACCUCUCAGCGACUUAGGAAAAUUGUCGUACAGAAGCUACUGGAGCUGGAUUCUUCUCGAGAUUCUCAGGGGUUUCAGAGGAACGCUGAGCAUAAAAGAUCUGAGUCAAAUGACAAGUAUAUCGCAAACUGACAUAAUCUCCACGCUUCAAAGUAUGAAUAUGGUGAAAUACUGGAAAGGGCAACACGUUAUUUGUGUAACACCAAAAUUGGUUGAGGAACAUAUUAAAAGCAGUCAGUUUAAGCGACCUCGUCUAACAGUUGACUCAAGCUCUCUGAGAUGGGGCGCUCCGCCACGAAAAAAUAUUAAGCCAGGAAAGAAAUGAAGUAUGGAUUGAACCUGAAUCAUCAAGAUAACUACAGCUAGAUUAUGGAAAUCGGCUGAAAAGUUUAAUUUGCUGACUUGAGUAGUAUUACCUGAUUACAUGAAAAAGGCAGUCUGUGAUGAGACGUAGAGUUUGAUUGACGAGAUAUUGAGACCUGCAGAUAUUCGAGUGAAACAAACUCAGAGAAAUGGAAAUCCGACAUUGCAUUUCGCGUUAAUACCUUUUCCAAUCUUAACAUGAUGGGAGUCUGCUUUACGUAACGUUGCAAGAUUGUUCUCCAUUUGAAAAUCUUCUAUAUUAUAACUUUAAGAUACCUAUUUUGUAUUUAGAGUACACAUCAUGGGGAACCGAAUUCCCUUCAUAUACGCUUAUUAUUAUUAAACCGUACACUUACAUUUAGGAUAACUUUAAUCUUACAACAAAGCCACAUAGUAUUGUGUGUUAUUCCAUAUUUUUUGUAGAACAAUGACUCGAAUGCAUAAUAACAACCAAUAUGAACCAA